UUCUAUUGAGUUCUUGGAGGAGUAAAAAAUCGAAAAUAUUUGCAUAGAAAACAAAUAUGUUUAGCAGAAAUUUGAAAUUCGCUUCUUUGUUGGUUGUUGCCGUUCUGGCUUUUAAUGUCGUUGGUCUCGAAUUGAAGGGCCAUCAUGGAACAACACAUAUUCCCACUAGUACGUUAAUGCCUCCUACCUAUCGGCCGGUGCUCAAAGAGGAGGUGGUGCUUGCGUUCCGUAAUUUAGUUCGUGUCCUUAAAGAAGCCUUACCAGAGCCCAUUGUAGCCGCGAUUAAGCAUAUCUGGCAAGAUUUGCGCACCAUUAAGGAGGCUUUGCCUUUACCAGUAUGCACCUGCUUGAAAUUCAUUGAUGAAAAUCUUAAACUUUUAUUGCCUAAGUUGUUGACCUUCGUUGAGGUCUCUAUUAAAAGAGAACAACCUAUUCAAGAGUUCAUGCAAACACUGCUUGAACAACUUGUUGUACUUCUACGUCAAAUGAUUCCAUUUGUAGAACAGAUUAAUACUCGAAUUCUAUCCAAUAAUUAAUCGUAGACUUCUUUUAAUAUAUUAAAUAAAUGAUAUUUUUUUUUGUAAAUUUGGCUUUA